GUCCCUGCAAAACAUGAAUCUCACGAUUCUUCCUCCAGACACAGGACAAGAGUACCUACGGUGCAAGCAUUCUAACGAUGGCCGCCAAAGGUGGCCUUCCUCUCUCAGAGGCUCCUCGCCAUAAAUACGCACAAGGAUUAAGACAUCGUCGGCUGCGAACCUGGCGAAGACCUUUGUGGACGCUUUUAUUUGUUGCAGUACUCACAGCCCUGAUUCAUGGUGAAUCAAAAGUCAGUCUCAUAUCUCGUCCAAAAUAUGCAAAAGAAACCGGUCUAUUUACCGAAGGCCUAAACAAAUGCUAUGACACUCAACAAAGGAUCAAUGAUCAGCCUGCCUCCAUAGACAGACGGAACGAACGCUGGAAUCCGAUCUCCGGCCAGAAGAGAAGCGUAGUUAUUCACAACGCUACACUUUUCGACGGGGAGUCCACCCGCGAUGGGACAUUCGAUAUUCAUUUUACAUCUGGUGUAAUCCGCUCAGUGUCUCCCACGGGCCAAGGCAAUCCCAUCCCAGAAGAUGCUCAUAUUAUCGACGCCCGUGGGAGAUUUGUUACUCCCGGGCUAGUAGACAUGCAUUCCCACCACUUAUUGCUCCCGUUCCCUCAGCUUCCGGCCACCAAUGAUGUUAAUGAGCGUCCAUUACUGGGACCCAUAACCCCUUUCGUGCGCGCUAUUGAUGGCUUCAAGCCCUACGAUCCUGCUAUUAAGAUUAUCGCCUCUGGGGGCGUUACUUCCUCCCUGAUACUACCGGGGUCAGCAAAUAUUGUCGGCGGUGAAGCAUAUCUGGUCAAGAACCUGCCGCUUUCUGGGGCAAACGGAGAACCUGUAGUGGGGGAGUUGCUUUUGGACUACGGUAUCCCAGAGCAUAGUCGACAGCGAUACCUCAAAAUGGCAUGUGGGGAGAACCCCAAAAGGGUGUACGGUAACACGAGGCUUGGUCUUGUUUGGCUACUACGCAAACGCCUUGAGGAAGCGCGAGACCUGCACGAACGACAGUCUGCUUGGUGUCGAGCGGCGGCGGAUAUCAAGGAGACCAAAUUUGCUAGGGCUUGGCACAUAUCAAAUUUCAUCCGAAACCAAGGAAAGCGACCAGAGUCCUUCGAACUAGAAACCUUGAUCGCACUUCUUAAAGGCGAGCUGAAUGUGAAUGUGCAUUGUUAUGAGCCCGAGGACCUUGAGCGCAUGCUCUCCGUACUCCAUGAGUUUGGUGUCCAUCCGCAGGCUUUCCACCAUGCACUAGAGGCAUGGCAGGUUCCAGAGCUUUUGAGACACCUCGAAGAAAAUAUUACUAUCGCAACCUUUGCGGAAAACUCCCUCUUCAAGGCCGAGGCAUACGGAGCGAAUCUACGAGGGCCAAAGAUUCUAAAUGACCAUGGAGUCAAGGUCGCCUUGAAAUCAGACCACACUGGCGAGGACAACUAUGCAAAAUACUUGGUAUAUCAAGCUGCUGUUUCCCAUUCUUUUGGCCUGCCAGAAGACAAAUCCCUGCAAUCAGUCACAUCCAUUCCUGCUCGUUCUAUCCAGCAAGGCCAUCGGAUUGGAUACGCUCGUCCCGGUUACGAUGCUGACCUAGUCAUAUGGGAUGAUCACCCGUUGCAAGUCGGUGCAACACCCCUUGAGGUGUUUAUCGACGGUCGCACUGUUCUGCACGAUGAGGAUACCCUAGAUCAAGUGAUCUACCGUAACCCCAACUCUGUAGAGCCCCCUCAAACGCCAUUAUUUCGACCAUCGAUUCUUAAACAUGAGAAGAACGAGGUGUGCGCGAAGGUUCAAGUCCCUUCGUCAAACAUCCUCUUUACUGCUAUUAAGAAAGUUUUACUGGACACAUCUACUUCCCUCAGCGAAGAUAGCGGUGAUGUUGUACUACUGCUGCAGAAUGGCCGGAUUGCUUGCCUUGAUAAGAGAUCCACUUGUCUGCCCUCACCAGGGAGAGAUGAGAAUAUCACACAAAUUGACUUGAAUAAUGGCUACAUUACUCCGGGUCUCGUUGCGUUUGGAAACAACCUCGGCAUUGAGGCUAUUCCCUCAGAGGACUCUACUGCAGAUGGCUCUGCUGGGAAAGGCGGGGAUUCUUUAAACGAAAAGAAGAGUCUUCAUUUUGCAAAGUAUGGUGUGCAUCUGCAUGGUCGGGCUUUCACGAGAGCUAGACUCGGAGGAGUUACGAAAGUCAUCACUGCGCCUCGCUUUACUGGAGGUAUUCUCCAAGGAGUCAGCGUCGGUCUACGUACCAGCGAGUCAGCCACAAUUCUGGAGGACGGCAUCUGGAAGGACGAUGUCGCGCUCCACCUCGCUAUUGGCCAGUCAGCCAAAGGUAAGACAUGUCUCAACCAAAUCAUAUACCCUAGCUUAUAUUACAGUUGGGUAACGAUUAUCGCUCCAGGUGAUGACACGCCGACGGUCUCGUCUGGCAUUGAACGUGUGCGUCAGUUACUAGCGGUAGGCGGGCAGGAUGGAGCAGACAGUCACAGCAUAUAUGCACAGGCCGCCAACGGAUAUAUUCCUGUAGUUGUUCAAGCCUACAACGAGCAUGAUAUCUCCCAGUUGAUUCUCAUCAAACGGGAUUUCCCUUCUGUCAAUGUUGUCGUAUACGGAGCUCAUGGCGCAGUUUCUGUUGCCCGACCCCUUGCCGAAGCAAAUAUACCCGUGAUACUCACCGGUAAUCGCGGGGCACCUACUAACUGGGAAAAGAAAGAUGUUCUCACAGGCCCGCCACUAACCGAAAGCCCGGCAAAGAUCCUGAUCGACGCUGGAGUCUUGCUGGGCCUGGCAAUCCAAAGCGACUCCAAUAUCUAUGGUCUAGCGCAGGAGGCUCGGUGGGCCGGUAAGUUCGCGGGGCUCAAUGAUAAGGAAGCAAUCUCUCUCGUGUCGACCAACAUCGAAACUAUUCUCGGUACUCGGUCAAAAGAGACUCGCCCAGGUGGAAAUGUGCCAGCCUAUGCUGGAGACUUUGUCGUCUGGGAAGGGGAUCCUUUGAGGGGAGAGGGCUCGGUUGUUGUUUCUGUGCAGAGCGAUGGAAAGAUCGCUGAUUGCUGGCCGGACACCAGGGAUGCUGUCUUGUAGACCUUCAUAUUAGGGUAUAGAGACUACUAUGAGGUACCAGUUGAUAG